CAGGGAUGAUAUUUCGAGGUAUCGAUAAAGAAGGGCUAAACAGCUGUUUCGUGUUUACAUUAAAUUUGUUAUGCUGUGUCUGCCCAAAUUUUAAACUCUAAAUUUUAGAGUCUAAAAUGUCUUCGAAAAGAAUUCGAGGGAAAAACUUCAGCGAGCAGGAAGAGCACGCGCUCAUAGAUCUCGUGCUGUUGAACAAGGAUAUUCUGCAAGACAAGAAGAAAGAUGCGGCCACAUGGCGAAAAAAGGCAGAAACUUGGGAGCGACUUGCCAAAGAGUUUAGGACGCAAACGGGAACCGAUCGAUCAUGGACCGCUUUACGGGAGAAGUACGAUAAUAUGAAGAAAAACUCUCGGAAUAAACUCAGAGGGGUCAAAAAUUGGGACGCGGAGAAGGAGCUUUCCGAAUCAUUUGUGCCUACAGGAACCACCACCACACCACUGGAAAACCAGUUUGAUAGUGACGGUAAUUUUCAGUUGAUAAAUGUAGCCAAAGAAGAAGAUCCUUCGAUCAGUUCGCAUAACUCCGAUAGUUCACAGUUGCUGCAAUUUUUUAAGCAGAACAUGGACGAUUUUGAAGAACCUGAGGUCGACAGCUUCGAGGAUUCUCGAAGAUGGAACCAAAACAUAUUACGGAAUGGAAACUCAACAAGAUUGUUGGAAAUCAAAAGGAAUACCCGAAUUGAAGAGGAGCAGGUGGAAUUGAUCAAAGUACAACAGGAAUAUUAUAGAGACCAGAAUUCCAGAGCCGCUGAGAAACACAAAUACGAAGUAGAAAAGCAAAUUGUGGAACUUCAAACGGCCCGAUUAAAGAACCAAUUACUUGAGAUGGAAAUAGAAGUAAAACGCGAAGAAUUAUAUAAAAGUAAGCAAAGUAUUGUAAGUUAGCUUAACUGUAUUAAGGGCUUUACUAAAAAGUUCAACAAGAAAGCGGUCCUAAUAUAAGUCUUAGGUAAAAACAUGUUAAGGCGUAGACCAUAUGAAAGCUACUUUAGUUAUAAACAUUCGG